UGCGGUAAACUGAGUAGUUCACCUAGGUCAGGAAGUAGUGUGGAAGGUACAGGGGAAAUGUUUGGGCUACGUUGCAGCUUUAAAAAGAGAUGUGGUACAAACCAUAGGGUUAAACGAGCGCUAAGAGCUGAUCGUACUCUGCUUUCACAUAUGCUAAAGUUAGAAGGAAGAUAAGAAGCUAGAAUGGAGACACUUGUUUUUCUGUUUCCUCAAUUCAACUUUUCGGCCCCAAAAGAGGAAGCAUAUUUCAAAAUGCUCGGUCCUGAGGACUUGAAGGCACCGAGAAUGAAAGCUAGUAAUUCCAGAUUGAAAGACAGGAAGUGCCGACUGACUCUUCUGCUGACCAAAUCAGGCUCCCACGAAAACAUCAGUCCAGAAAAAAAGACCGCCACCGCCACCAUCAACAUCUCACCGGAGGCAGCGUUGAGAUGGAGCGACUCCUUUGAAGAUCUGCUCAGGCACUCAGAUGGAGUGGAGAUGUUCUCUCAGUUCCUCAGGACAGAGUUCAGCGAGGAGAACAUUGAGUUCUGGUUGGCCUGUGAGGAGUACAAGACCAUCGACUCGGAGAUCCGGCUCAUCUCCAAAGCCAAGCACAUGUAUUCUGUCUUCAUUGAAGCCGAGGCCCCAAAAGAGGUCAACAUCGACUAUGCCACCAAGGUGGCCAUCCAGAAGACCAUCGCCUCGCCGACCAAUACCUGCUUCGAUGUGGCACGGAGCAAAGUCUACAGCCUGAUGAAAAAAGACUGCUACCCAAGGUUCCUCAGGUCAGACAUCUACCUGCGCCUCACCAAGAGGAAAGGCCCCGGGACCACCAUGUACCGCCGGAGGUCACGGUCCUGCGUUUUCGAUGAGCUGCGAGGGGAGGCCACCAGCGACUCCUCUGACUGGUUGUAGCAUCAUAAGCCAAGAGUAGUACCACACACACUUCCAAUUUCCCUUGCAGUGCAAUGCCUGUAGCUGACUAGAUUUACAUUUUAGUCAUUUAGCAGACGCUCUUAUCCAGAGCAACUUACAGUUAGUGAGUACAUUACAUGCA